AUGACGGCGAUGUCCGAUCUUCCUCUGGAUUUGGUAGAAGAGAUACUCUCUAGGGUUCCAAUAACAUCUUUGAGAGCAGUGAGAUCUACAUGCAAACGAUGGAAUGAUUCAUCGAAAGAUCCGAACUUAACAAAGAAGUAUUAUGGUAAAGAAGCCAAGGAGGCUAUGGCGGUCAUGAUAUGCCAUUCGAAGGCUUGUUUAAUGAGCGUCAAUCUCCAUAACCACAAAGACUUGGUAGAUUCAUCUAUAAAGCAAAUAGGUAAACUCAAUCAAGUUACAAUAUCUGAAGUGUAUCAUUGUGAUGGCUUAUUGUUAUGCGUCACUGAGAAAGACUUGAUCAGGCUCAUGGUUUGGAACCCAUAUUUGGGUCAAAUCAGGUGGAUCCAACGUCCUAGAAACGAGUUCUUAUUAAUGAUAGACAAGUUUGCUAUAGGAUACGACAACAACAACAACCACAAAAUCUUGAAGUUGCACUCCCCAUGGAUGAACUACAAAGCUUACAAGUACUUGCAAGAGGCAAAAGACGACAAAAAGAAAGUGAUGAUAUAUUAG